AAUUUCAACAGAACUCAAAUAACAACACAUAUCAAUAAUUUGUGAAAGCUUCUCUGUAUCACAUUUCAAAUAUAAAAAUUCAGUUUCACACAUUCAAUCUCUCACUUUCUCUUUUUCAGCUUCUCUUCAUCUCUUUUUCUUCUCCUUCUGCGAUUCUAUUCUCCUUAUUUUCUUAUAAUUUUAUCUUAUUCAACUAAAGCUAAGAUUGUGACAUGAACAUGUUCAUAUUUCAUUUUUUUUGUUGAUUAUUUCCCCUUAGGAGUACAAGAAAGUAUAAGAAAAUUAGGGAGUGAAUAGUGCUUAGUUGACCAUAGCUAAACAUUAGUCACAUUUUUUUUUUCUUUGUGUUGUUUUCAAUUUAUUAGCUCCUAUUUAUAGUUUUAAAAAACUAAUGUCUCAAGAGUUUUUAAAACAACCUCAUGUUUGAAAAGAUGGUUGUUACUUACAUGCAUUAGUCACAUGUUCUCUUUUGUUCUUUUUUUUUGGUUACAUUCACUUUUUUUUUUGUUACAAUGUUCUCUUUUGUUCUAUUAGUAAAUAACAUCAUGUUUAAAAAGAUGGUUGUUACUUAAAUGCAUCAGUAGUCACUUAUUGUCUUUUGUUCUACUAGUAUGGAGCCCGUACCAAGCAUGAUUAAUUGAUUAUAAUACAUCUUUUGAAUAGUUUAAGUAUUAAAUUUUUAUUUUGGUUUAAAUACAAUUUUGGUUUCUGUAUUUUAUAAAAUGCGUAAUUUUGAUUUUUUAUGUUUUUUAGAUGUGCUAUAUAAACAAAAAAAAGUUGGACAAAAAUACGACAUCGUACUUUCUCUAUUCAUAGUAUGGGUAUCCAAAUAUUUUUAAUCUUAAAUAUGUGAUUGGAAGUUCGAUUCCUAAUUCAUGAAAAAAAUUCAGUUGAGAGAGGAGAACUCUUGUCUGCCCAAGGAUUCCCAAUCAAAAUUAAUGAUCAUUAACGACGGUAAAAACUUUAUAUCAAUACCACAUUAAAAAAAAUUGAAAACCGACUAGGAGUGUAAGAAGGAAAUUAAUUAUUGGGUGUAACUAGCAAAAGUAUAUUAGAAAAACGCCACAUGUCGAAGUUAUGACCGUCCAAGUCUGAUAAAAGACAAUAGCAAUGAUAUCGUACAGCCCUUGGAUCUAGGUCACGCCGAAACCCUCCUCUUAUACUUCAACACAAUCAUAUCAUAUAUCAUCCUUCUUCUUGUCGUCGCGAAAUUUAGGCUGAGUGAAGAUGGUUCAGAGACUUACCUACCGCCGGCGCCAUAGCUAUGCCACCAAAUCAAACCAACAUAGGGUUGUCAAAACCCCCGGUGGAAAGCUUGUUUAUCAGACAACGAAGAAGAGAGCUAGUGGACCAAAAUGCCCUGUUACUGGAAAGAGAAUUCAAGGGAUUCCACAUUUAAGGCCCACAGAGUACAGGAGAUCAAGGUUGCCUAGAAACAGGAGGACCGUGAACCGUGCAUAUGGUGGAGUUUUAUCUGGAGGUGCUGUUAGAGAAAGAAUCAUUCGAGCUUUCUUGGUUGAAGAACAAAAGAUUGUCAAGAAAGUCUUGAAGAUCCAAAAGACAAAGGAAAAACAAGCUUUGAAGGGCUGAACUUAAUGAAAGGAGAUGAAGAUCUUUUUGGAGGAAUAUUAGGUUUGAGUGAUUAUAGUACAAGCACAAAAUUUAUUAUUAGAGCUGUUUCCUUAAUUAAUUUUGUGCUCAGUUGGCUUCUUUGAACUCAUUCUAGCGCAACUGAUAGCUUCGUCAACCAAUUGAUUAUGAAUUAUGAUACAGUUUUGUUUGUCUCGAUUUUCUUUUGAUGGUUUAUUGACAUUUUCAUGUUCAUCUCUGAAUAUAUGCUCGUACUUAUAAAUUGUUUUUGGAGUUCGGA